GCGCGCCCGUAUCACAGCACAGCCGCCAUGGAGAAGCGGGACUAUGCGGCCGCCGUUACGGCGCUCAAUACACUGCAGUCCAACUUCUCCAUCGUCGAUGCUAUACGCAAGUCGGGAAGGGGCAUGAACAAACAGGCGAUGCCCGAAAUGAUAGAGUGGUGUCGAAAGAUCGGAUAUGAGCCCUCGGAUUUCGAUCGAUUGAACCCUAUACACGUCGCCGGGACAAAAGGCAAAGGUUCCACGAGCGCUUUCAUCUCGUCAAUUCUCGCACAAUAUCUUCCAUCCACCGCCGAGACGCAUACGCCGCCCACUAAGAUUGGCCUCUACACCUCGCCCCAUCUACGGUUCGUCCGCGAGCGAAUACAGAUCGACAACGAGCCUAUAUCGGAGGAGAGGUUUGCGAAGUACUUCUUUGAAGUAUGGGACCGCCUCGAGGCCGCGGCGAAGACUGCAAAUACGCCCUCUGACGCGCCGACAAAGCCCGUUUACUUCCGAUACCUCACGCUCAUGGCGCUGCAUGCAUACUUGGAGGAAGGCGUGGAUACGGCAGUGAUAGAGUGCGGAAUUGGCGGGGAGUAUGACAGCACAAACAUCCUGACAAAGCCCACCGUUACGGCAGUAACGAGCCUGGGAAUAGAUCACACGGCAAUGCUGGGCUCUACCCUUGCGGAAAUCGCGUGGCAUAAAGCAGGAAUCUUCAAGCCAGGGAGUGUUGCCUUCUCAGCACCGCAGAAUGAGGAGGCUAUCACCGUGCUACAGGAGAGGGCGGCGGAGAAGGGGACAAUGUUGCAUGUGAUUGGCGUCCACCCAUCCCUCGCAAAUGACGAAGUCAAGCUUGGGCUGUCGGCAUCGUUCCAGAAGACCAAUGCAUCAGUCGCCAUAGCGGUGGCGGCAGCCCACCUUCGCGCCCUCGGGCACACGUCUAUCCCCGACCCUACGGCUUCCCCGUGCAUUCCUCUCCCACCCGAAUUCGUCAGAGGACUGGAGCAAGUGCGGUGGCCAGGCCGGUGCGAAGUCCGCCGCGAGAAGAAUGUGGCCUGGCACAUUGACGGUGGCCACACUUUGGAAAGCAUCGAAGUGACUGGACGUUGGUUUGCGGAACGGAUGGCUUGCGCAGCGGCUUCCCCAUCGGUAUCCAAGACACCGCGCAUUCUGAUCUUCAAUCAGCAGACUCGAGAUGCGAACGCUCUUGCCAAAGCCCUAUAUACGGCGCUGCAGACAGGUAUUACCUCGGGCUCCGCGUCGCCUUUCACGCACGUCAUCUUCACCACCAACCAAACUUUUAGCGAAGGGUACAAGCCCGACCUUGUGUCGAUCAAUACGAAUCAGCAAGACGUCGAUACGCUCGCCGUUCAGAAAGCGCUCGCGAAGACAUGGGCAGAGAUAGACAGCACCGCGGACGUCAGGGUCCUCAAGACUAUCGAGGAGGCCAUUGGCACAGCGAGGGCCCUCGCGCGCGAGUGGGCAGAGGAGGCGGGAGCUGAUGCAGAGGUCAUGGUGCUUGUCACAGGAAGCUUGCAUUUGGUCGGAGGGGCGAUUGAGGUUCUGGAGAGCAAAGAAGCAAGCUGAAGAAGAGCGUGAUACCCCACAUAGAAAGAGAUAUAUAUAGACAUGUAAAGAACGAGGCGCUUCAACAUGCGCACGCUUGCAAUUCUGCAACUUGAGCUACGGUUAGGACUGAUCUAAAGAUCUUGAAGGAACAUAAUCGAAGUACUACUAUUAGCAUUGAGGCCAUGCAUUGAGGCAUCCGCAACAU